AUGACAGAGCUCAAUUAUCACCCCAAACCAGACGAGGAGCCUCUGGAAAGACCUACCACGUCUCAGACUUUGACUGAAGCCCAACCCGCAAUACUCGACAACUAUCGACCAAGCAGACCCGGCAUCACGCCAAGGUCUGGGCUUCAAGCUCUCGCGACGGGCUUUUGGGACUCGAGGCACUUCAAUGUCUACAUAACCGGCAGCGCGUUUACGAUCCUUGGCGAUGCCGACACAAUCAUUCAGACAAUAUACGAUGACGAUCCAAGCCAUCUGCAGGCCGCAGCCUUCGAUGAAUCCUCGGGCAAGAUUGCGACUUGCACCGAAUCCGUCAUUAGAGUCUAUAGACCUUUUGGCCAGUCCGAAAAUGCGCUAAAGUCUUCGCCCUCGGGUUCCAUCUCCCAUUCCGUCACCCCUUCCGCACCUGUCGCCUGUACUGCCUUGCGAGCAAACGCUGACGACACUCCCGCGUAUCAGUGGGGUCUACAAUCAUCGUGCCCAAUUCAUGACUACCAACAUGCCACCAAGGGGAUCUCUCUAAGCUGGGGCGGCAACGAGGAACUCCUGGUUGCCCAUUCCGCCUUAUACUUGUACUCAACCGCCGACGAGCCGGAACUGUUAUGGACUAAACACCUUCCGAAUUCUGUGAAACUAGCAGAGAUAUCAUACGAUUCGGCAUACAUAGCAUGCGUAGGCGCGCAUGAUUGUCUCGUCAAAGUCUGGCGCCGCUUGACAUAUGGUGCUGAAGAUGUGCGCUUCGACCUGACCUACCUACGCCACCCAGACCUAGUCACGAGCCUACGUUGGCGAAAACCGCUACAUACCGAUCAAACUGUAGAGAACGUUCUCUUCACAACAUGCGCCGAUAAUGUUGUCCGAGUAUGGACUGGCACUGAUACGCAUGCCCUUCGACACAUGAACCUUUGGGGGUCCGUCGACUUGGCUUCGUCCUUUCGAGACCUUGGACUUGGUUCCGCAUACCCUACAGCGCCGCUGGUCACUUUCGUUAUCGAUGGAAGAGAGGUGUCUGCUGCUACAGAGCUGGCCGUUCAGCGGUGUUCCGUGAAGGAUAUACCGCGCGAUGCUGCUCUCGAACGCCUCAUUUCUCUGGCCAAUAACAGCGCUGAGCUAUGUGUUGCCUCUGACGCUAUUGGAAAUAUGAUGGUAUUUGCUUUUGAGGACGUGGGCUCCAAGGCGAGAAAGUCCCACGAUGCCAUCAGAGUGACAGGCUUCAAGUCACACACUCUUGAUUUUAGGUCUGACCAGUACGUCAGCAUACAAAGCUAUUGCGACCGAGCCACUGGGCGACUACAUGUGCUUAUUCAUGACUUUGACGGCCAGAUCCAAGUAUACGACGCCGACUUAGCAGAGUUUCUAAGCGGAAGGAACAAGUCGAGCCGUCUUGCUCGGCGCUGUAUCUGGGCCGGCCAUUCAUCGCCUAUCCAAAAAAUGGUUCGCAAUUUCAGCGGUCGCGCUGUUGUUUCUAGAACCGAGGAAGGCGAAAGCAUUGUCUGGACGCAUUCCGAAACCAGUCAGACCAGCUUGUCGCGCCAGAGUGUCAUCCAGGGAAACGCUCAUAUUCAUCGGAUAUGUGUUUUGCGCAAAGGCCGUUUUGUCAUAUUCCUAGAGCACGGGAAAAUAUCGCUAUGGGACUGCCGGCAUCAGAAAGCCAUAUUGCUCGCGAGUCAGUCGUACGACAUCUCAGGAAAGCCCUUGUGCUUAUUGAUUUUGCCUCGACAUCGAGUUGAGGAGUAUGCCGUUGCUCACAUUGCAACUGUCACAUCCGAAGAGGAAGGGCUUGUUUGGGAAGUUAAGUUACCUCGAUACUCCAGUCAAGGUGCCAAUGCAUAUGCCAAUGGCCAAGAGGAGACUUCGAUCAGCGAGUUUUGCAGAUUCAAACUGAAAGACGCCGAGGGGAUCGCCUAUAUGCUCCCUGUCGACCCAGCAGGAUCUUCGCCCGCCACAUCUGGCUUUCUCGAUGUAUUUGCCAGAGACAUUGCAGUGUCGUACACUCACGCAGGACGGGUAGACUUUUGGACAGCGAGAGUCGGCAAUACGGGGAAAAGCGUCGGAUGGCUCUCAACCUCCUCAGCAGAGACGGGCCUUGUUGAACCGGCUCUCGUCAGUGGCAGUACUCUGAAGAAGGCUGCAAUCGUGGAUUCCGCAAGAUCUCAGCUGUUUAUUUGGGACAUCGGUGGUGCUCGACUUGAGUUUACACGGGACUAUGGAAGACACAAUACGAUACAAGACCUCGACUGGACUUCGACGCCUGAUUCACAAUCUAUCCUCGCCGUUGGCUUCCAGGCGAAAGUAGUUCUGCUCAGCCAGAUGCGGUUUGACUACUUGAAUAAGGGACCGGCCUGGGCCGCAGUCCGGGAGAUCAGCAUUCGCGAAUUCACUCCUCACCCAAUAGGAGAUUCAACCUGGCUAGGCGAUGGACAUCUCGUCAUCGGGUCAGGUAAUCAGAUGUUCGUUCACGGGAGGGAGUACGACCUCUCCGGCUCCUUGAUCAACAGCCUGCAACUACCGCACAGGAAGAACGGCGUCUGGGACCUUUUUGACGCUGUUCAGAGGUUUAAUGGCCCUCUGCCGGUUUUCCACCCUCAGUUCCUGAGCCAAUGUAUCCUUGCAGGGAAGAGCACUAUAGUCCGAACGAUUCUGAUGUCACUGCACAAGACUCUCAAGUUCCUCAUUGCAGGUGAGACUAUCGAUGACUACCUGGGACUCGAACCAGCGGUUUUUUACUCACCCGGGGCCUCACCGACGCAAGCAUCAGAGCCCCAAGUAGGGUCUCACUUCAGCCUACAAGUAUCUGCUGACGAAACAGACGACUCAGAAGAGCCUUUCAGCGAAGACACCGCACUUGCCAUCAAUGGUCGUCUUACCGAAGUUGGCCUCCAACAGCUAUCGGGUCAUGAGCAAAUACAGCUGGCUGAUAUCGUUGAAUGCGUGGGGAUCGUCGAGAAACAGCGCAGAUCCCUAGACGAGAAUGGUGCGCGUUUUAUGCUCUUUUUCCGCCAACAUGGGCUUCGCAAGGGCCGGACAAGUGAGAUUCAGAUGUCCUGGCGAGAGAUCAACUGGGCCUACCACUCGACCAGCCAGGAUAUCCUCACUGAUUUCGUCUCCAAACAAUGCCACGGUGCACUACGCUGGGCGGAUGCGCGGGAGAGCGGCAUGUUUAUGUGGCUCACCGAUCGGAACGCCUUGCUUGCUCAAUUUGAGGUUGUUGCAAGGAACGAAUACACCAAGAGCGAGAUGAAAAAUCCGGUCGACUGUAGCAUCUAUUACCUGGCUCUCAAGAAAAAGACAGUCCUCCAGGGACUGUGGCGAAUGGCUCACUGGAAUAGAGAGCAGGGGGCAACGCAGAAGUUGCUGUCUAACAACUUUGAAGACCCGAAAUGGAGGACAACGGCGCUGAAAAAUGCUUACGCGCUGCUAAGCAAGCGACGCUUUGAGUAUGCCGCAGCAUUUUUCUUACUUGCAGACCACCUGCAAGAUGCUGUCAAUGUCUGUUUGAAUCAACUUAAGGACCUUCAGCUCGCAGUAGCUAUCGCGCGUGUCUACGAGGGAGACCGAGGUCUAGUGUUGAAAAGGCUCCUAGAAGAAGAGGUACUAGCUGUGGCUGCCAAGGAGGGCAACCGCUGGCUCGCAUCCUGGGCCUUCUGGAUGCUGAAUCGUAAGGAUAUGGCGGUCCGGGCCCUGAUUUCACCGGUUUACACCCUGGUCGAGACGCCGUGCUCUCCAAACAUGCAGUCGAAAUUGUUCCUCACGGACGAUCCGGCGUUGGUCGUACUGUACUCACAGCUGCGGCAGAAAACACUCCAGACCCUUCGCGGAGCCUCAAAGGUUACACCGCGCGUCGAAUGGGAGUUCGUCCUCCAUAGUGCCAAGCUUUACGACCGCAUGGGUUGCGACCUUCUCGGCCUAGACUUAGUACGCAACUGGGAGUUUCUGAGACCAGCCCCGCCUAUUACGAAUGGAUUGGGCGGUGAGGUCAACUCGCUGAAGCUACUGCGCCGACGCAGCUCGCUCGUAGUUGCAGAUCUGCCCGUGUCAAAGCUUCAUUCCGAGAUGAUAUCAAGCGGACAGGGAAGACAGUCAACUCCAACGGUUUUUCAGGAACCGGACUCAAGCUCGCUGCUUGAUAAUUGGGGAUCAGAACUCAGCGACGGCCACAUGAGUAGAGGGGCUUGUCGCUUACUAAGCAGAGUCACUAUUUCUCCAGUCCCGUCUGAGCACGUCAUCCGCAAUUGUACCUUAGGUACUCCGUACAAAGGCGAGUCGCGCAGCCCCCGAUCCAAUGUUCAUUGGAACAUUGUCAUUACGCAGUACGGUGAGGGGAACGUCGCCUUUUAUUUCCCUCUCAACUUUUGUUUGAGCGAAAGGAAGCUGGAACAACAAACCAACGCCACCUCAACUCACCCUCGCCCUGCAGCUCUAGUUCUCCACAGGCACUCUCAUGCACACGUCCGCUGGACGAGUAACGACAUAAAUGCCAGGUUGACCAGCACGCCCUUGACGCGUACAUCAGAGUGUACGGCAUCGAUCAUGGCGCCUGAUCGGGGAUACCGCGACGAUGCCGAUGGCGACGUUCACAAUACUGUCAGCAGCAGUAGCCACACCCCAGUUCCUUAUGCCUCUCACCCUGAGAAUGCUCCCGAGCGAAGGCCCGUCAUCCACGGCCGCAGCUUCACAUUUCGUGGUGUUGCAGUUGGCCUGCUGGUCGGCUUGGUCAUUUGCUUCUCCAAUAUGUAUUUUGGAUUGCAGACGGGUUGGGUGAGCACCAUGACUAUGCCGGCUAGUCUGAUGGGUUUCGGCAUAUUCAAGGUCCUGUCUAGGCACCUGCGAUUCCCAUUCAGUCCUGUCGAGAAUGUCCUCGUGCAGACUGUGGCUGGAAGCAUGGCCAUUAUGCCACUUGGCUGCGGAUUUGUCGGUGUAAUUCCCGCCAUGAACUAUCUCUUGGCUCCUGAGGAACAGGGGCCUCUCAACAUCUCCCUGUGGAAGUUGAUCAUAUGGUCUCUUGGCCUCUGUUACUUUGGUGUUGUCUUUGCUGUCCCACUUCGCCGACAAGUUAUCAUCCGAGAAAGGCUCCGUUUCCCUAGCGGGUUCAGUACUGCCGUUCUCAUCGGGGUCCUUCAUGGUCAGACGCGGAAGGCCGGCCCAGACGCCGUAUCAGGGGGCUUCGCGAGUCUCGUACCGGAUCAUGACUCGAAGCCGGAUUUGACACUGGAGUCUGACCGUAGCCACAACGUUACAGAUCCCGAAAAUGCUCCUGAGAGCCUCGAGAGUCGCUCUCAGGACGAUUGGGCCCGAAAUGUGAGACUACUUCUCAUAUGCUUUGGAAUAUCGGGCUUGUACACUUUGUCUUCCUACUUUUUGCCCGCAAUGCGAAGUAUCCCUAUAUUUGGCACCGGUGCCGCAGGCACUUGGCUUUGGACACUGAACCCAAGCCCGGCCUAUAUUGGCCAGGGCAUUAUCAUGGGUCCUGAGACGACUUUGCACAUGCUGCUGGGAGCCGCGAUAGGAUGGGGGUUUCUCUCUCCGCUAGCCAAGUAUCGGGGAUGGGCACCCGGUUCCAUCGACGACUGGGAGACAGGCAGCAAGGGCUGGAUAGUGUGGAUCUCCCUGGCAAUUAUGCUAGCGGAUGCCAUUGUCAGCCUCAGUUACAUUGCUUUCCGGCCCUUGGCCCAGCACGUCGCCAAUGAAGGUGUGAAAGGUAUGUGGCAGCAAAGUGUGCUAGGUUGGCAGAAGCACUUUGGGGCCAGCCGACAUUCCGCCCCAACGUAUACUGCUCUGAACACCGAUGAGGAUGGAGAGGCGACGAGUACCUCCCGGCUUCUGUCUGAUGAGGCGCAACCCUCUAUGGUCCGCCGUCGGUUUUCGACGUCGAGUGCCAGCAAUGGUCGCGCCGACGAAGCAGACGCACCAGAAGACCAACAAAUCGACAACAAGCUUGUUGCCGUGGGACUGGUCUUAUCCAUACUGCUCUGCAUCACCACUAUACACAUUGUCUUCGGCGACCUGGUUCCCCUCUACGCCACGAUCGUUGCUGUUCUAAUGGCUCUACUGCUCAGCAUCAUGGGUGUCCGAGCACUCGGUGAGACGGAUUUGAACCCCGUAUCCGGCAUCAGCAAGCUUGCGCAAUUGUUCUUCGCACUCAUUAUUCCCCAGUCACACAAGUCCAGUGUGCUUAUCAACUUAGUUGCGGGUGCAGUGUCCGAGGCCGGGGCUCUUCAAGCGGGUGAUUUGAUGCAGGAUCUCAAGACAGGCCACCUCUUAGGAGCCGCGCCUCGAGCCCAGUUCUGGGGCCAAGUGAUUGGAGCAACAGCAGGCGCUGUGGUCAGUGCCUUCGUGUACCAGCUCUACACGGCAGUCUAUACGAUCCCGGGAGAUCUCUUCCAGGUCCCAACGGGAUACGUAUGGAUCUUCACAGCCAGGCUAGUGACGGGCAAAGGCUUGCCGCCCAUGGCUCGUGAGUGGGCAAUGGGCUUCGGUAUCAUAUUUGCCUUGACGACAAUUGUGAGGACCAUGGUAACUGGCAAGCCUUGGCGUUCCCUUGUGCCGGGAGGCAUUGCCGUGGCGGUUGGAAUGUAUAACGUCCCAUCAUUCACCCUGGCCCGCACAGUUGGCGGCCUUUUGAGCUGGUACUGGGUCUCCAGACGAGGCGAGUCGAGCACGCCAUUGAUUGUGCUGGCAUCAGGCUUUAUACUCGGUGAAGGAUUUCUCAGCAUCGUCAACCUCAUUUUGCAAAGCAUUGGAAUAGAGGAGGCCGAGCGAGAGACUGGGGCAUUGAAGGAAGUCCUGGAUAACAGCAGAGAAUGGCACGAGCAACAUUUUCCAUAUCGAGGUGGUCGUCAUGGCAAGUAG